GGGUGACAUUCAGCCGGCUGUAGGUGCACUAGCCCUUCCACCGUAGAACUAUGGCCCAGUUCGUCCGAAACCUCGCAGAGAAGGCCCCGGCGCUAGUGACUGCUGCUGUGACUUACUCGAAGCCUCGAUUGGCCACAUUUUGGCAUUAUGCCAAGGUUGAGCUGGUUCCUCCAACCCCUGCUGAGAUCCCUGCAGCUAUUCAGAGCCUGAAAAAAAUAGUCCGUAGUGCUCAAACUGGUAGCUUCAAACAGCUCACAAUAAAGGAAGCUGUGCUGAAUGGUUUGGUGGCCACUGAAGUGUGGAUGUGGUUUUAUAUCGGAGAGAUCAUAGGCAAGCGUGGCAUCAUUGGCUAUGAUGUUUGAAUGUCUAACAUCUGAUUAUAUUGGAUUUAGUAUUUGAGAAUUAUCUGCUCUCCGAAUAAAAUGAGAUGUGUCAACUGUCAA